AGAGCCCAGCCCUUCAAUACACGGCAACAACACACUCACACACACACUCACUCACACAUAUACACACACAUAUACAGAGAAAGAGACAGAGAGAGAGAGAGAGAAGGAGAUUCACAGAGACUGAGGCAACAACACACACACACACACAAAAGGUUUCUUUAUUUCCCUUCGACGCUGCGGACAUGAACUGAAAAAAAGAAGAUCCUGGAACAGUGACUGUAAAGGUGGGAAACUAGUCCUCCACCCUCCUCCUCCUCCUCCUCCACCUUCUCCUCUCUGUACAGAUCCACUGCUGCUGCUGCUCCACCCUCGUGCACCUCCACCUCCUCCACCACUGCUCCUGCUCCUGCUGCUGCUGCACAGCUCCGGCAACCGAGAUGCACAACACAAGCACGGAGAGCCGCAACAAGAAAUGCCAGUUGAGUCCUAAGCAGAAGAAGAAUGCCGUCGGCGCCCAGAAGAAGCAGAGGAGCCCGGCCAGGCAGAGCAGCGCCCUGACCCGAAAACAACAACAACAACAACAACAAACGUCGUCACCUGAGGUCCAGGAGGAGAAGGAGGAGCCGGUGACCAGGCCUCGGCUACCGCCACGGGAGGAGCAGCAGGAGGAAACGGGCGAGGAAGAGCAGCAGCAGCAGCAGAGAAAGGAAGUGGCAACGAGGUCCGCGAAGAAGAGGAAGAAGAAAGGACGGGAGGAGGAAGAGCAGAAGGUGAAGGAGGAGGAGGAGGUGGACGCAGACAUGCCGUCUGUGCAGAUCAAACCAGAGCCGGAGGAGAUGGAGUGCACGCAGGCGCACACGAACAUCGACGGCCCGCAGCCGACGGACCUGAAGGUGAAGACAGAGUCCCCACUCUGUAAGACAGAGCCGUCCUCGCCACAGCCGUGUCCCGCCGAGGACCAGACGGAGCCCGUCGACCUGUCGCUCAACAAGCCGCGCUCGUCUUCGCUCUCCGUCUUCAUGACGAGCACCACCACGGUCAACCCGGCGCCGAGCUGCAUCAUGACCCAACCCUGCCUGCCGGCCACGCCCAUCACUUCGACAGUACAAUCUAUAGGCUCCAUGGUUCUGUCGCCGGGCUCCAUCCUGGCCACGCAGGGCGCCGGCGGGCAGCAGAUCCUGCACGUCAUUCACACCAUCCCCUCGGUCAGCAUGCCCAGUAAGGUGGGUCAGCUGCAGACCAUUCCCGUGGUGGUGCAGUCACUGCCCGUCGUCUACACCACCAUGGCCACGGACGGCGUCGCCACGGCAGCCAUCACCGUGCCGCUCAUAGGCAGCGACGGACGCUCGGAAGGAUCUGUUCGUAUUAAACCGGGUUCGACGUCUCCAGUGGAGUAUCAGAGUGAAAGUGACGCAGAGAGCGGGACAGAGUCCGGAUCGGCCUCGCUCAGCAACCAGGGCCACGACGAAGGGUCCGUCAUCGACUUAGAGCCCGUCGAUCCCGACUCGCCGGACGUCAAGAGGCGGCGAAUCCACAUGUGCGACUAUGAAGGCUGUAAAAAAGUUUACACCAAGAGUUCCCACCUCAAAGCUCACAGGAGGAUACACACAGGAGAGAAACCCUACCACUGUACCUGGGAAGGCUGCACCUGGCGCUUCGCCCGCUCCGACGAGCUGACGCGGCACUUCCGCAAGCACACGGGGAUCAAACCUUUCCGCUGCACCGAGUGCGACCGUUCCUUCUCCCGGUCCGACCACCUGUCCCUGCACCGCCGCCGCCACGUCAUGAUGUGAAAUCACCCCACCCCCCAAAAAAACAAAAAAAACUCGACCUCUUUCCCUCGGAGGUUCCUCACAGCACAUCUUGUACCAGUUUCCCUUCAUCCUUCCUGGUCCCUUCCUCACCGGGCAGAUUCAGAGGACACCGGCUGUCCGUCGUCCUCCUUGUCUUCAUCUUGAAACGGCGGGAUUAUCAUUUCUGUUUGUGUGACCAGUGGAUUCUGUGAUUUUCCUAAUGUCACAGAAUCUUGUCAUCAGACAGAGACAGAAGGACAACGAGCAGCAGCGGCGACGUUCAUCCGUCCAUCAUAUCCAUCCUGAGGAGAGGCGGAGACGAGGAAGGACAUGUGUGUAUUGUCUCUUCGCGCUGCUUGUUUUUUUCCGUUCAUAUUCACAGUUGGGAAGUUGCAUGAAGUCAAAAUUGUAUAAUUGAAUUCAAAAUCAAGUUAAGUAACAUUAAUAUUAAGUAACCAUGGCAACGCAUAUUGUUCAAGAUAAUUGCGAUAUCUUCCCAUGUCCCAGGUGUUUGAUACCCAAAAUCUCAACGCUGACAAAAGUUUUUGCAUAGUACAAAUAUUUAAACUCGAGAAACACCGAAGCAAAAAAACUGCAAAUGUCUCGUCUCGUAACGCGGGCUUUGUCCAUUUGACAGAAGCAAAACUCACCUUGACUUGCGUCUUUUGCGUUGAAAAUGCGCGAAAAAGCUACAACAUGCAAACAAGAACUUGUCCGUCAUGGCUAACCACGUAGCAAGAGAUGCUAAUGUCGCUAAAGUGAGGUUGAUGUGAUGUUAGCUAUUGUUGGGUGAACUCUGUCCAAUUAAAAACAUCGCUAAUGGGGAGAAGAAACUUGUACCGUGUGCUACAAGGUGAAGCGACUUACCCACAAUGCAGUUUGGCGAAUACAUUUUUUGCGUGUUUAUCCAAGCUGUUUGGAUAAAGUUAUUCACAAAUCUGCAGCGGCCUUUCAAAGUAAAAGCUUCCCAACUAUGUGCAUAUUGGUCUCUGUUUGCCGUGGCAUCAAGCACUGAUGUUGCCCCGCCCCCUUUUGCCCCCAUAAUAACCCCGCCCCCCGCCCUCUGGUACAGGGAGCUACAAGACUGUGAACUUUAUAAAGUUUCAUUUGUUUUCAUUGUUAUCAAUCAAGUUAUUGUAUUUUGCGUGCCCCGCCUCCUGCCCCGCCCCCUCGCACACACCUUUUCUAAACCUUCUUCAAUAACAGUAUUUGCUUUUUUUGUGCGUCGUCGUUGCUUGCUGUGUUUUUUUUUUGUUUUUAUUUCUUUUUUGUCAGGUUUAUUAACGGAGCAGCAAAGACAAAAAUAGUUCAGAUCAUUUUGUUGUGAAAAAAAAAAGACACAAAUAGUUUGAGGUUACGAGAAAACAAAACUCUCACGCAGGGAAACGGGGGAGCUUUGCUAAGUGAGUGUGUGUGUGUGUGUGUACAGUGAAUGUGUGUGUGUGUGUGUGUUUUGAGACAAACACAUAAUCAGAAUUUAAGAAUUUUUACAAGUGUGUUCCGGGCACUUGUUGUUCUUUUACCUCUUGCCCGUCGAGCCUUAAUAAACGAAGUCAAUCUGAAAACCAGGGAACCACUGACAGGCGUAUGUCUCACCGCAGAUCGUUCACGAUAAAUCCAACAUGUGUGUUUUUUACAGCGUUUGCUGUAAACGUUUGACUCCAGGAAGAGAGCGAUGUCAUGUGUUAAAGACUACCGACUAACUAUUAAGUUAAUUCAAAUUAAAGAGUCAAUAAAGUUAUGUUUAUUUUGAAUUGUUGCGUUACCAUAACCCAAAUGACAUAAUGAAACAAUUUCUGUUUUUUUUCCUGUUUAAUCCAUAAAUUAGUAAACAUAGUUGCUGAUAUCAGUAUUCAAAUUUCUUUAUUGUCAUAUUUAUUAAAAACAACAGUACUGUGGAGCCAAAAUGGCCGCCGGUGGACGUCGGCUGUCAGUGGUUCUGGGGAAAGCUGGGCACUGUGUGGGUCCGUCAGGGGAAACUGAGCGCUCUCCUCACUAACAUUUCUACCAGGGUAAACCGUUGGGUCAGUCCUCGGUCUCACCCGGACUCAGUUGAAGUGGACUGAUCCUGAACCUGAUCCUGUACUCUGACCCACGCGGUCCAUGUCUUAACAGGAGGGGGGCCCUGUUUCUCAGCUCUCGAACUGAGCUGAACUUGAUUAUGCAACUUAAAACGCAGACCUUUGGUCGCCCUUCGUUGGUCGCCAUGGCGACACUAGUUGUCCCGCUCACACACAGCUCACCCUAGUGGUCAGGAGGAUGUGUGAUGUUUUCUUUUUUUUGUUGUGCUGUUGAGCAAAAUAAAAGCCUUGUGAAAAAGCAGCGAGAGCAAAAGUGUCACACACACACCUGACUUUUCAUCGCAUGAGACAGGAUGAUGAUGAUGAGGAGGAUGAUGAAGGCCUCCUGUGAGCUGAGUGCAUGACAUGAACAGGGCAGAUUGUGUACUGUAAAAAAAAAAAAGGUCAAGAUGAAAGAAAAAUAAUCCCUUUAAACAAAAGAAAAAAAGGAUUAUGUUUCUCUUUUCUUUCUUUUUUUGCAGUGCAGAUUAAUGCAGUGUUCCCAUGUCUGUUAACACCCGCCCUCUGCUUCAAGCUAAAGGGCGAGUUCAGAUUUUUUGUGGUUGUUUGAGGCACUCAAAGCGCCCCCUGUUCUGGUGACCAGUUUAAGAAACCAAGGUAAUAAUCCCAGAAUAUGAAAACAAGGAAAAAAUACUCAAAAUCUACACCAGCUUCUGUCUGUGAUAUCUUAAGGGCAUUUUUGCCAUUUAAUCUCAUCACUAAGACGCCUUUUCUUUGUGACCUACACCAAACUCCAUAGAGAAAAACAACGAUUUUAGCCCGCGGUGACACAGGAGCUGCUGGUCUCCUGCUGCCACGUUUGGUCAGUUUGUGUCACUUUGGCAAAAGCAAACGGAAGAUUUCAAACACCAAAAUCAGAAAAAUAGAAUGUUUAAUAUUACUUAGCAGUGGAUCUAGUGGAACUUAGUGGAUCAGUAACUCCUGGGUGUCGUGCCAUAAAAUCGCUGAUUUUCUCUAUGGAAUUUGGUGAUUUUACAGUGAGAUAAACACAUUAUAAAGACAUUUUAGACUUAAACUGGUGUAGAUUUUUAUUAUAUAAGCCUUUUGAUGUUCUGGUCAGUAUCUCAUACAACCACUGGUCAAAAAACCCCUGAGCUUUCCCUUUGCAAACAACAAAAAAACCCACAAAACAUAUUGACGAAGCACAUAGCACAUCUUUCUAGAAGAGUAUAUACAUUUUCUUUCUUUUGUAAACUGUUGAUAAAGACAUUAAGGACAAAUAAUUAAGAGAAAUCCAUGUACAUAAGUGUAUAUAAUCAAAAAGUGCAAAGAGUAAAUGUAAUGGGUGAAUUUCUAUUUUUAACACUGACUAGAAAAUGUGAAAAAAUCUUUGUUGUUGUUUUUGUUCCCUUCUUCCUCCUCCUUUGUUGGUUUUGAUGAAGUGUUUCAUCAUGUGUUUAUUAUUAUUAUUAUUAUUAUUAUUAUUAUUUUUUCAAAUCUAAUAAUACAUUUUUUUGUAGUUUCUUAAUAAGAAAAAAAAUGGUCCCACUUGUGUUGUGCACACUCGUGUUGCAUGGAGUGUCGCCUUCUUGUUUUCUUAUGGUGACGUUGUUGAGCAUGUCCGUGUGUCUGUGUGUGUGUGUGCGUGUGUGCGUGCGUGCGUGUGUGUGUGAAAGCGGGGUUUGUCUAAGUUAAUAAAAAAAACAAAAAAAACAAACUCCACUUAUUUAAAAACAUUUUUUUUCAAUUUGGCGUCGAUUUACAACAACAACAUCAGCUGCACUGCUGAAUUAAAAGGUUUUGGUUUUUAUUUCUUCUGAAGGUUCCGAUGUUUUCAGGUCAGUCUUGGUGAAAAUUUGUUGCUGCAAAAAACAUAUUUCACAACAUGUUUUUUGAAUAUUUUGUUAAUUUCAAGUUCCCCAAAUAAAAUAUAGACAAUGUUCACGAAUGUAUAUUUUUUUUCAUGAAUUUGAAGAACAAAACAAAAUGUAUUUAUUUUUUAAAAACAUUCAGUCGGUAUCAAUGAAAUUAUGUUUAUUUAACUUGUUCAGUUGAGUUUGAAUGAAGUAAAUUAUUUGUUUUACCAAAUUUACAGAAGAAACCCCCAACAUAGUUGAACAGCUUGAGCUUUUGCCAAAAUUAUACAAGAAACAUACCCCCCACUGACUUUAGAGGAUGAAGGAUGACUUUAGAGAUGAAAUGGCUUCUGUUUGCACUGAAAAAUGACCGUUUUCAGAGGGUCAAAGGUCAGAGGUCACCAGAUUUGACCAUGAAAUCUUAUCCGCAAACUUAAAUUAAUCUUUAAAUUUAAAUUUUAUUGUCAAAAUCUCGAUUAUUCUGUUAAUUGGAGCAAGGAAACUAGAAAAAUUCACAUUUAAGAGGCUGGAAAAUCAGAAUAUUGCAAUAAUAUAUAUAAAAAGCACUCAAACGCAUAAAUUGAUCACUGAAAUAGUUGCCAAUUAAUUAAGAAAUUGCUAUAAUCAAGCCUAGAAGUGUAGAAAAAUAAAAUUAAGUUGUCUGCAUUGCACACAACUCGCUAUAAACCCUGAAAGAUAUUUGACAAAAUUACAGUAAUAUAUUAUAUAGAUAUAAAGAGUCUGGUGGAUGUUGUUCUAUUGUUUUUGUCAUUUAAUUUUCCUAAAACAUUUCCGUUAGAGCACAAAGCGCCCGAAAACAUCAACAACAUGCAUAAAAUUUUCUUUCUGUUUUGUUUUUUUCUAUUGAAUUCAGUAACUUAUGGGCCAGUACUAUAUUUACUCAGUGCAAUGCAGUUAUCACAAUAGUAAUACAAUUAUUAAUUAAUAAUAUUGUUUUUUUUUGUAUUUGUACAGAAGAAAUGUGUAAAGAUCAGUGAGGAAAACGUGAACUUUUUGAUACUGUGACACCUGGUGUUUAAAAAAGAAAAAAAAAGUCAGUUUCUCUCUGUACAGUUGUGAUUAUUUCGCCCCCCUCUCUUCUUCUCCUUCUUCUUCUUUUAUAGAAUUAAACACAUGUUUUUGGUGCAAUUUUAA